AUGACCCAGCUGCAAUCGCUCGAGUUCCCCUAUGCAAUGAACAAGGCGCGAAGUGUUGCGCUUUUGAAGGCGGGCGGGAUACCCACAAUGUCAAAGCUAUUCGCCGUCACCGGCCAAAAUAACACCAGAAAUGCAGGAAGACGAGCUGUUGAUACGGAAAUCCUUCUACGCGAGUCACAGACGCAACCACGGGAUUCUGAGCGCUAUAUGGAUGCUGUUGCGCGAAUGAACUACCUCCACGCUCGAUAUCGCAAAGCGGGAAAGAUUCUAGACAUGGACCUUUUGCACACCUUGGGUGACGGGGCAUUGGAAAUCUUGCACGUUAUAGACAAAGAGGAAUGGCGGAAGCUCAGCGAUGCCGAAAAGUGCGCCGUGGGGAUCUUCCAUCGCAACCUUGGCGAAGACAUGGAGAUUCCAUUCACUCCACUGAAAAGCUCUGAAUCGGGAUGGCAGGAUGGGUUACAUUUCGUGACUGAGUUGAUUGAAUGGACGGGAGGGUACGAGAAAGAGGUUUCGAAGCCGACAACGACAGGCGACCAGUAUGUGAGGGUCUAUGUUGAUUCAGUCACCAAGAAGAUGGGCAAGGGAGCCACGGCAUUCCUUAGACAAAUCGUUGGUUCGGAUCUGGAUGACACGAUGAGAACAAGUCUCUGCAUCGAAGCACCUCAUCCUCUCGUGUCUGCUCUCCUGUUCACCAUUAGGAGCAUCCGCAAGAUACUCCUCCGCUACUUUAUGCUGCCUCGUCCGGAGGUUCUUGCCUACCAAUCCGUCGCGCCUACUCCGAAUGCUGAGGGCUUGUACAAUUUCAGCCAUAGUGGUUUUCAACCUUGGUAUAUUCAGCCCGGCUUUUGGUCCAUCUGGAGUCCUGGCGCGUUACUUCUGAGGAUGUUUGGCGCGAGGAAACCAGGGAGUAAGGCCGAUAGGUACAAGCCAACAGGAUAUGACCUGAAAACGAUCGGACCGCCACCACAAGAGGGCAAGGGCUUUGAGGAAAUGAGGGCGACUGCCGAAUUUAUGAAGAGUCGGGGAGCAGGAGAGUGUCCGUUUUCGGGUAUGAGGCAGCGUAAGGAGUCUUUUGUGACGAAAAAGUAA